GGGAGGUUCGCAGACUCCGUCGACUCGUCUAGCUAGUCUCACAGCCGAGCCAGUAAGUUGGCUCACACAGCGAUGGGCAUCGAGAAAUACAAGGGACGCGUAGCACUGGUUACUGGCGCCAGUGUAGGCAUUGGUGCUGCCAUAGUGCAGGCGCUGCUAAAGCAUGGACUCACCGUCGUGGGAAUGGCCAGGAGGGUCGAGAAGAUUAAGGAGCUGGCGCUCAAAGACGCGCCAGGGAAGCUGCACGCGAUCGCCGGGGAUGUGAGCGACGAAGCCAGCAUCCUGGCUGCCUUCAAGUGGGUCAAGGACAACCUGGGCGGCGUCGACGUCCUCAUCAACAACGCUGGUGUAUUCCCCUUUACUAGCCUUACAGAGGGCAAGACGGAAGACUGGAAGCGCAUCCUGGACGUGAACGUGCUGGGUCUGAGCAUCUGCACCAGGGAGGCCGUGCAGGACAUGCUGGGCAGGGGCGUCGACGACGGCUUCAUCAUCCACAUCAACAGUGUCGCCGGACACACACCACCGACUAUAGAUGGUAUGGCGAUGUAUUUCGCCAGCAAGCACGCCGUCAAAGUACUGCUCGAAGGGCUGAGGAAAGACCUGGUCGCCAAGGGCAGCAAGAUACGAGUUGGGGAAGUUUCUCCAGGCGCAGUACGAACUGAAGGAACAUCAAACAUGGCAGCUGCUCCCCCAAAGGUACUUGAAUUUUUCUCCGAACUGAAGGAUAUGCCUUUCCUGGAAUCAGAAGACAUUGCAGAAGCCGUUGUCUACAUGCUGUCCCAACACCCUCGCGUUCAGGUGCACGAUGUAAUUGUUAUGCCAACCGGCCAACCGUUCUAAGGAAAGAUGAGAACGCGAAUCCCUCUGCUAACGAUUGUGUGGCGUUCAGUUUUUCUGUAAUAGUUAUACUGAUGAGCGAACAGUAAUACUAUGGUACGGUUGGAAACAUUUUACAGAAUAAACAGUCUCUUGUUAAA